GCCUUUGCCCAUACCCAUUGUAAUAUUAAAUAUAGUGACAGCAAAUUUCUCAUAAUUUCCAUCUAAUAAAAUGAUUAAAAGGAGUUAUAAAUUGGUGGUUGAGUCACCAAUUUUGAUUGGAAAGGCUAUGGCGUGUGGACCUGGAACUUGUCAACGUCACCGGCUGCAGUCACAAACGACGGAAGUUUCAAGGAAUGAGCUUGGCAGGGAAGAGAAAGAAGGUCGGUUCGUUGGUGGAGCCCACAGGGAAUUGUUCCACUCUGCCGCCAUCUCUAUAUGACUAUGUCAACUAAAACCCUUCUUUUGUCCUUCAAUUCUUUUCCUGCAAUAGAAAAUUACAAUCCGCGUUCCCUUAAUUGAUUGCUGGCUUUGAUCGUCGUCUACUCUUUGUUAUUGAUUAUAAGUUCUUCCAGAGUUCAUACUGAGGAAAAUCUGUAUUUCGUUUAUUAUUUUGAAUUUUAGGGUGGUUGUCCCUGACAGUUUCCAUCUUGGGUGUGUAUGUAUUUUCUCUUUUUCUUCGCUUGAUAUCUGAAGUAAGAAGUCUGAAGAAGAGGAGAAAGCAGAGUUUGUUGUUUAUGUUUGAGAUAUGGAUAAGAAGACCAGUUUCCUUAACAAGAUCAAGAAGGCCACAUGCCUAGACUCAUCUACUCCAGACUCUGGAAAAGGGAAAUGUAAAUCAUGUAGUAACAUUGUUGCUCACGGAUUCCACUUGGUAGAAGGGAAAUCAGGUCAUGAUAUGGAGGACUACCAUGUUGCAGAAUACAGAAAUAAGAAGAGCCAUGUACUUGGAUUAUUUGCCAUCUUUGAUGGCCAUCUUGGUAACAGUGUGCCAAGUUAUUUGAAAGAUAACCUUUUCAAUAAUAUACUUGAGGAGCCGAACUUCUGGAAUGACCCCAAGAUUGCAAUAAAAAAUGCAUAUCGUGCCACUGAUAAAUAUAUUCUGGAGAACUCCAUGAAAUUAGGUCCUGGUGGCUCAACGGCAGUAACUGCAAUAGUUAUUGAUGGCAAAGACUUAUGGGUAGCAAACAUUGGUGACUCCAGAGCUGUCGUCUGUGAAAGGGGCGCUGCCAAUCAGCUAACUGUUGACCAUGAGCCAGACAGUGAACGAAGAAGAAUUGAGAAACAAGGUGGCUUUGUGACUAAUCUUGCUGGAGAUGUGCCUCGAGUUAAUGGCCAAUUGGCAGUUGCACGUGCUUUUGGGGAUCAAAGCCUUAAAGCACAUUUAAGUUCGGAGCCUGAUGUAAGACAUGUGCCUAUAGACUCAACUAUAGAGUUUGUUAUAUUAGCAAGUGAUGGCUUAUGGAAGGUCAGUUGUUAUGCUAACUUAUUGAUGACAGUCUUUUGUUUCCUCUCUGUUCAUUCAUCUUUUUUCUCAGCUGUCCAUGUUAUAUUCUAUGUUCGCAUUGGAAUAAGCAAGAUUAUGGAUUUACUGUUCUUUUUGAAACAAUAUGUGAAUGAAACCAUUCCAGUGUCCAAAGUGCUCAAUAUUGGUUUAUUUUUUCUUAAUAUCAUUUGAACUGAAAGUUUAUUUCUGCAAGAGUUGAUUGAUAUUUAAUUAUGUUUUAUAAUUGAGAUAUAAAUUUAGCAUUUUGUUGCAAUAAUUAUUAUUAUUAUUUUUUUGAUUUUUUUUUCUGGACCUUAUCCUAGUGAUAAAUUUAUGCACUGAUGGUGGGAAGAUUUUAUAGAAAAAAAAAAUCAAAUCCAAAUUAGAUUAAAAUAAAUCUAAGCAAAAUGUACAUAAGAAAUAGAGGAGAAAAACUAGCACAAUGUCCUAAUUUUUAUGGACAACUGUAAUGAAAAUUCCAAAGGAAUCCUCAGUUAAAUGUAUGGAUAAAAGAAAUGUUUUAGGGAAAGCAGAUUAAGGAACCAUAAUGAUUGUUAAAGAUGUGAUGGUAAUGUGUCGUUCCACUUUGGAAUGAUGGAAUUGCCAUGUGGUUCAGAAUAUCCUUAGACUCAUUAGUUUCUUGACUUCUUUUUGUUGCUGUAUCAUGAAGAUAACAGUUUGUAAGAAGUAAAGUUCAUAGCUAGUGCUUCCUUUUCUUUUUCUUUGUUUUGCUUGUUAGUACUAUAGCAGCAUUGGACUAUAUAUUUUAUCAUUAUGUGAUCUGCCAAGAAACAGAUAAAAAUCAUAAAUUAAAAUUUAGUCUCUGACAUUGUAUGAAUAGGAAACACACAGUUGAGCAAUAAAAACUUUUGGGUGUUGUGGAUAGUGUUACAUUUGUGAAAUGAAAGAAUGAAGCUUGAGAUACAAUAUUUAGAUUUUUCAAUGUUUUAUGAAUGUUUAAUGGCAAUACAUGCUUGGAGAAGGGAUGAACAUUCAUUUCCUUUUAGAAGUAAACCAAGAUGUGGUCAAGUAGAUUCUUCUCUUAGUAGGAGAUUAGGUUGUGUAGUAUGUAACUUGUAAUGGGAAAAUUGUUGUGUGCGCACACACACACACAUGUAUGGAACUUUGGUUAUACUCCUUUCAUAUGCAUCCAAACAAGCACAAAAGAGCCACUGUUCAGACGUGAAUGCUCAUUCCCUAUAAAACUACCAUGCGAACCGGACCACAAGUCUUUCAUCCAACAAGGAAUCACCCAAUAAAAUGCGAGAAAAAAGAACAACAUAUAUCAUGUGAAGAAAGCUUUGGAAAAUUUCUUUCUUACUUUUUUGAAUGAGUACGAUACUUUAAAUAAUAGAAAAUAGUUUGACCGAGUAGAACUAAAUAAGGAAAAGCAACUAGCCUAUCCUAAUUACAUUUUGAUUUCUAAGGUUACAUUACAAAAAUAACUACAAUUAAUUCUCAUUUACAGGAAGAACUAACAUUAUCUUCUCAAUAGAAUCAAAAUAAUAUCAUCGUUAAGUUCAUUCAAAUAUGUAUCAUUCCCAACCUGCUAAUUAUAGAUUGAAAUAAUUGUCUUGGAAGGCCUUUAGUGAAAUACCAAUUGUUCUUUUGUUGAGAUAAAUGAUAUACAAAUCAUUAUCUAGCUUUUCCUUGAUGAAAUGUCAAUCUAUCUCAACGUGUUUUUUUUUUUAUAUUCUGCUGAACUGGGUUGUGAGUUAUGUUAAUAGCUGCUUUCUUAUCAUAAUACAACCGCAUGAUUCUUAAUUGGUUGAGUUGUGACUUGUAGACCGCAUUCGUUAUUACUUGGAAUUUUGUUUCCUUUGCUCCACCCUUGAGGCUUUCCAUGUAACCUUCAGUACACGUCUCUUGUAUGAUGGGACUUGUGGCAAUUAUUACACCAUAGCUUAUAUUUGUCAUUGAUGUUUUUUCCACUACUUUGUUGCCCACUUGUUAGGGUGGACACAGGUUUGAUGUUAACUAAUGCUGAAUUUUCAAUGUUGGGGCUAUCCAUCAUGACUGAUUAUCUACUCUCUUCCCUUCCAACCUCAUUUUAUACUUGUUUGACAUAUGGUGGUGUUUUUUCCCCAAGAAUUCAACUAUGGACUCGAUCAAGUUUGGAUUUAGACCCACCAAAAAAUCAAAUGCCCUCUCCUUUUCAAGUUUCUGCUUGAACUUCACACUAUCUUCUGGACAUUUCCAAACAUAGUCCUGAUAGAUAUUUGACUCUUAUCAUAGUCGAUGAAGGGCAUUAUAGUAGGCUGUCAUUGUUCUUCCUCCUCCUUUACUCUCAUGCACUUUAUUUCUCACAUCAUAUGAUCCUGAGAGUCAUUAUACUGAUUAAAGUAGGUGAGUGCCACUGCUUCUUAUAUCUCUUUUGCUGUAGAAAAGAAUACAUAACCUUGAUUGACAUCAGGCUCCGUUGUGUUGAUCAACCAAGACAUGACCAUUGAGUUCUCUGCAUCCCAAGCCUUGAAACUUAAGUCUUUUGGAUUGGGCAUCUUCUAAGAGCCAUCUAGUAGUCCUAUCUUCUCUUUGCCUUUGGCAAAAGAACUUCACAGAUUGAGACCAUCACAGGAAGUUAUGUUCAUUGAGUUUAUGAAAGGUGAUUUGAAUUUUAUGGCUAUCAUUAGGGAUUGUGAAUUGCCUGACUGAAGUUUCAGAUAGCUCAAAAGUUAUUUUAAACAUUUUGAAAAGGAGACAAAAAAAAAAAUUGAAGUUACGAAAAAAUUCCAAAAACCCUAGAUGGGUUCUGAUACAAGGAAGAAAGCUUUGGUAAAUGUUUUUCUUGCUUUUCUGAAUGAGUACAAUACUUUAAAUGAUACAAUAUAGUUUGACUGAGUGGAGCUAAAUAAGGAAAAACAACUGACCUAUCCUAAUUACAUUCUGAUUUCUAGGAGUACAUUCAAAAAUAUCUACACUUAAUUCUCAUUUAGAAUUAGCAUAAUCUUCUCAAUAGAAUUAGCAUAAUAUCCUCAACACCAUAGAAUGCAAACCUUCCCACAAUGGAUUAGGAUGUAAUUAGCUGAUUCCUUCCACAUUCAACAAAAGUUAUAUUGGUUGACAAAAGACUAACCACUCAUCAAAAUCCUCUGUUGAACAACCUCUUAAACAAAGAAACUAACGAUUAAAGGAGUCAUCAAACCCAAAACUUCCUUAUAGAAACAUUGAAAAGCUGCUUGAAGAAAGGGAAUACAAAAAGAUUUCAAAUAGAGUGUUUUUUGGCACAUGUUCAUGCUGUCAUUUCCAUUCUAGCUAACCUUAUUUGGAAAUCUAGCAAGUUGCACCUAAGAUGAAGGCCUUUGUAUGUCUUGUGGCUGAUAAAAAAAGUCAUAUUUAUGGUUGAUAGGGCCAUAUCAAAGCCUCAUUUCAUGUCUAUGCAGUCUGCAUUCAGGAUGUGGUGAACUGGCUAAUGAUUUAUUUUUGCACUGCUCAGUAGUGUUGGGUUUAAAGCCCAUCAGGGUGUUCAGUUGGUUAGGGUGAAUGCUGGAUGUGUGGUAGAGCCAUACAGUCGAGUUCGAUUCCUACCAUUGGUUGAAUGCCCUGAAUUACCUGGUGUUGGUUGUGGUGGGUGUGGUCAACACCCUAAGGCUUGGGUCCUCACUGAGAGUUGAAAAGGUUCAGCCAUGGGAGGUUCCUUGGUUAUUAAAAAAAAAAAAAAAAGUGUUGGGCCUAAGCACAACUUGCUUGCUUACAGGGAUUGACAAGGAUCCUCCCAAGAACAUGAUUAAUAUGAUCAUCUUCUUUAUUAGCUUUGAAGGACUUUCUAGAGGUAUGGUUCUUUAGCAGGUGCCUAGUCUCAUAUUGAUUUAAGUUAUAUAGUCAAAGAGGAAUAUCAAGAUUUUUGAGAAUAAAGGGGGAAUUAUAGAGUUUGCAUGGGACAUGAUAUAUUUCUUCUGAUCUCUUUAAGCUUUUGCUACCAAGGCCUUUGCGUGUAUCCUUUGAGCUUAUUCAGGCUAGAUUGGAACCUUCCCUGUUUUCUCAAGAGGCGAGUUAUGGAGAAGCAAGCUGAGUGGAAAUAACUUUCAAUAGGUUCACUUGAACUCUAAGGGGGUAUUAUCCAUAACCAAGGACAAUAUAGGGUUAAUAAAUGGGUCUUGUCUUUGUCAUAGAAUCAUGGUCUUCCCAAUAGAUGUGACAAGCAUCCAUGGACACAACAUUACAUCAAGCCCCCAUUGACAUUCUCCUGUAUUGAACUUCACUAAAUAAUGGGGGAAGUAAUUGGCACCUUGUUCCCCCUUUUGAAACUGUGCAAUUUUGCGAGGGGUGCUUCUCAAUGGGCAACUACAACUUCUCAAUAGGGCCUUUUCUUUUCUUUUUCUUUUUUUUAAACAAUGUGUUCACUACUACCACUACAAAAGAAACAAAAAAUAAAUAAAUAAUAAAUAAAAAAUAAAUAAAUAAGAGAAAAUUGCACCUUACCACCACUAAAACCAUGAAGUGUGAAAAAUAUUAUGUUGCCUCCAAUCUUCAAUUUUUGUUGUUGUUGUCGUUAAUUGGCCCACCACCAAGGAUUCUGCUUGUACUAGAAAACUAUCAACAUCUUCUUCUUUUUCCUCAUAUUCUUUGUAUAUUGGCUCCGGUAGCUCUUCAUCAUCUUCAUAGUGUUAGGUUUACCCUUGGUUGUAAACAUGCAUAUCUCCAUUAGUGAAACAAUGAGUUUGUGAUGUGUUGUUCCAUUUGAAGUGCUUGUGGCAAGGCUGUUUGCAUUUUAAACCUAUGUAUUUCUUUCCCUUUUCCACUCCUGUCAACUCAAAUAAUACUAUCACUAGUUCGACUAAUUAUGGUGGCCCCCACUCCUUUCUAGCUGUUUGUUCACUCAAAACGCCAAAACAGCUAUAUUCUUAUGUGACAUAGCACCAAAGCGCCUAUAUAUAGGUUUUAUUGUACUACAACACCAUAACUUCUUUCUAGCCAUUAAGGCAUAUGUAAAACAUCUUCUAAGUUGAGCAAAUAAACCACCACCAUCUCGUCUCUUAUUGAUGAAUCUUCUAAGUUGAACAAAUAAACCACCACCAUCUCAUCUCUUAUUGAUGAAUUCAAGCCUGCAAGGUAAUAACAUGACAUUUGUUCAUUACUUUUAUUUGAACCAUCCUCUUUAAUAGAGAGAUUAUGAAACUCAAAACAUGUAUUCUGCAACUGAAAUGCCUCUGUUUUUAAGGAGUGGAACUGCUUAUACAGCUUCAUAGCAUAAUCAACCAAGAAGAAUUAUUUUCCAGUCUUUGUUUCCAUGUUUUCCCAUGUGCUGAUUUUCAAUUUGACUUGUCGGUCUACACUGCUCUUCAACUCUCUCCCACUAUUGACAUGUAGUACCCUUUAACUUAAUCUUUGCGAAUAACAAUUUUCUUUCUUGGGUUUCCACUCAAAAGUAGGUCUUCAAAAUUGCUUGCCAAUCCAAAUAAUCUUCAGCAUGCAUCUUCCCAAAAGAAAUCAAUAACUUCAAUUUUAAUUCCUCCUUAGUUCAAAUCAAUUGCACAAACCGAUAUUUUUUCCAAUCUGCUAUGCUCUAUGCUAUCUCUUGUCCAGCAUCAUGAAAAGGGCUUCUACUUCAAAAGUUUCAUUUUAAUGACUACCUUCCAGUUUGUCCAAAAGGUUACAAUUGUCUUCCAGACUCUGCAUAUGGCUUCCUUUAGUUCAUGUUAUUGAAACAGUUGCACAGCCUCUUAAAAAUCCUCAAUCACUUGCCUUAUCUUAGCCAUCUUUGUUUGCUGUCUUUUCCACUACAAUCUCUACCAUGUCCAAUCAAGGGAAGAAGGGAUAAAAAAAGUAAAAAGAACUCUUAGAAUAAGUUGAAAAGAGAAAGUUUCUAAUAACUAUUUUUAUUAAUGAAUGAAUAAUUUUCUACAACCUAGGUCUUUAUAGAUUUAAUCCUAAUCCUACAUAUAAUAAAACAACAAUCCAAAUCAUAGUUGAAUCAUUCCUGAUGGGGAAAAUAAAGUAGAAAACUAGAAUAAUAAAAGCUUAAACAAAAUAUAGAACCUAAAUAUGUGGUAACCUAAUCUAGAUGAAUUUCUAAUUGUAACACAAUUCUAUCUUGUUUACAGAAAGUGGAUGGUUGCAUAGUUUUUUAUUGCUCCUGCGUCAAAUUAAAAAAUGAUAAAAAAAAUUUGCAGCAAACUUAUGAGAAUUGAAUGGGAUCAUAUGCAAGUAGUGUUAUGACUAUGCCAAUGUGAGAAUUUAGCUAAUUGGUUUAAACAACUACUUAAACACAAUCUAUUUCCUUCAUGAAUUAAGCAAGGAAGGGGUUAGGUAGUUCAGUACAACUAUGAUAUGAACACUACUUGGUUCAAACUUAAUUGUUAAGUAGUCAUGUAAAAAAUUGAUAUCCCUAGUUGAUAUUAAACUCUUGAUGUAGUUGAUUUGUGUGAAUUUCACUAGCCUUUCUGGAGGUUCCUCACAUUUAAAGGGAUCUUCCUUAGGAUUUUUGAAAUAACUCUGGCUCGCCGACCACUAAUACUGACCUCUUCUUUAUGCAUGAAAUAUUAGGUGGAAACUUGCUAACUUCCUGCCCUUGUAUUUCAAAAAUGCUAAAAUUCUUACUUUGGCUUACUUAAGAAAUCAUCCAAGCAGUGGCAAAACCAGAAAGAAAGUUGAGGGGGGUGGGGGGGCAAAAUGAUACCAAAUUGUUUGCAUAAUCUAAUGAUAGCCAUUCAAUUUUCUCAAAAUCUCAGGUCAAGGGAUCAAAUCUAUUUCCUACUCAUAUUUCUUCCAAAAUUUCAGGGGGGCCAUUUGCCCAUCCUGGGCGCAACGUGGCUCUGCCACUGCAUCUAUGUACAUAAAACAUUACUUAUUUGAGGAAUUUUAUGGAAACUUACCCACCCUUCUAUUGCUCAAGGUUUAAAGAAGGCAGUGAGUACUUUUCAAUGGAACAUCCAACAACAUACUUGGGCCAUUGCUAUGGUGAAGAAAUAAAACUCAUUAGCAGUUUGGUAUAAUUUGAUUUUGAAUUUGAAUUUCUGAUGAGUGAACUCCUCCUUCAAAGGGGUUUGAUCUGGUUCAGCUACUUGAAAGAAAAAUUGAACUUAAGUACAAACCCAGAAAUUUCCACUUUAUGAACCCCCCAGAUUCUCUUAUCAUUUUAGUUCUAGUGCAUUUGUUAAAAUCUCCAGAACCACAAUGAAGAAUAAGAAAUAUUCAACUUAGAACUUUCAUUCAACAAACUCAUUAGGUCCAAUCCCCUAAACUCCAACAUUGCUCCAUGUUAUUUGGCUGCAUUUUUUCACUUUGGCCUACUUCUCUCUUCUAGAAUUCACCAGAAAGAAACCCCAUGAAAGUGACAAAACAAGCUCUUCUCAUCUGUAUCCUGGCCAUCUCUUCUCUUCUUCUGCUUUGUGAUGGUGUCAAUAGUUUAUCAAGCCUCUGCGGAAAGGUAAGUCCAACAAGCAGUACUCAUAUUCAGCUAAACAUAUCAAAAUCAUGAGUGUCAAGCAUGACGAUCAUCAUCAUCGUCUUUUGACAUGGUGGAGGGAUCCACUCAUACAUCUUGAAUUGAGUGAACAACUGCUUCAUGCUUAAUCUUAUGCAGAAACAUUUUUGAGGAUUGUGUGUUAGGAUCUUUGCUGGAAUCAAGAAGUGGAUUGUCCCAUUAUGGGGCUUAGAUUUUCUGUGCUCUUACAGAAAGUGCAAUUUUGAUAUUUUCUGGCAGAGGAGACCAUAGAUUUCCUCACAUUCAAAUGCUUAUACUUUCUACUAGUUGAGUUCUUUGGCUACAAUUGACUGUAUCUACCAUAGAUGGUGGUGAUUAUGAUCAGAUCCCAAAGCUUGAAAUUUUAAUAGAGCUAAAGCUGAAAGGGAGAAAGGAAAAUAGGAAAUAAAACAUCAAGGGAAGUCAAUAUAGUUUACCCUUUCACUCUCAACGGCAUCAGAUACCUGCAGGAGAGCCUUACUCUCCCUUUACCAUGUAGAUAAAACUCCAGUGAUUCUGGAUGUAUGGAUCUUGUUAUUGAACAUAGUAUGUAGAGUGGUGGGAAUUCUUUAGUCAAAGAGUUGUCCAUGCAAUCAAGACGUCAAUUUUUGUUGUGUAUUUAGGUUGGUGCCAGGAUAUUAAAAAAAAAUGCUGCUAAAGAAUAACUUGUCAUAUAUUUGUUUCUUGUCAUAUAUAUAGUCAUUGGACAACAAAUUGUACUAACAACUAAUUGUCUGUUUCACUUUCAGUUACAAUAAUAGGACUGUUUUUGAAAGUGUGUUCCAUUUAAUGGUCCUAAUAAUUUUGAAAAUUAUAUGGUGUGAAAUCAUCUGAUCAUGUUCAUUUUUUAUUGCAUAAUUUUGUUAACAAGAUCCCCCUAAUUACACAUCUCCAUCACUUGAAAUGUUUCACGUGUAACCAGAAUACUUUAGGACCCUUGUUAUUGAAAAAAAAAUGUUGUUAAAUGCCUGUUCCAUAACAUGGAAAGUUUUGUAGUUGUCCACCUAAUUUACACUAAUAAUUCAUGAGCUGUUGGGGAUAGCAGCAUCCUAGUGGGUUCCAUUGCUAAAUACACAGUUAAACAGUGUUAUUUCACCACUAAAUUUGAUAGAUGGACAUUCACUGAUUUCCCCUUAUCACAAACUGUGGAAGAAUGAAAUUAGGGAAGUUAUGAUUUGUAGAGAGAAUUAGGCAAUCCUGUGAUCAAAGGGAUUUGUUGUAAUUGAGUUAGGAAAGUUCUUAAUUUAGGUGCUAGGACUUUUUGUGUAUAUAUGUGAGUCUUUGUAUAGGCAAAAGAUUAAGGAAAAAGAAUUUAAUACCUUUUAUUCCUUCCAUCUUUCUUCUACAUGGUAUUAGAGCUUAGGUUCGUAAAUUUGGGAAAAGAAAGAAUUUUUUUUCUGCCUUCAUUGUCGAGUUGAAGGCUAGAGUCAACCUUCAUUGUCAACCUUAAAGUUCCCUCUUGUCUGAGUCAAAUCGUUGCAGUAAACCCAGAUCGUGAACACGACAAAACAACCGAAGUCGUCAUGUCAUCAUGCCACUAGUGCAAGAGAAAUCACAGUGUUGCUUUCAUCCCCACCCUUACAUUGAGAUCACAUUGCCACUAAGAUCAUGUCGCCAUCAUCUUCGGGCCAUCUUAGGCAUAGCUUGCACAACCUAUAAAGGUUGCAAAAAGGACCCCUCGCCGCUGUGCCAUUGCUACCAUCCUUGCACCUUGUUGUCAUCUCCUUGUCCCCGUCAUCUCCGAUCGUUGUAGGUAGGUUUCCAUACUCAAUUUGAAGGAAUGAUAACCACUUACAAUGGAAGGCAACAAAAGGAUAAUGCACAAUUACACUUAUCUUCUAUUCAACCAAUUGAAGAAAGAUCCCUGGAACAAGGCGGACUCGAUCAGGAGGAGAUUGAAAAACUGAGAACUUUGUUGAGAACUCUUGAAAAACCUUUAGAUACCUCCUCACUAACACUUUCAGGUAAGUUUCCUAUUUCCAUUGGAUUAAAAGUCUCAGAUGAAACGUUUGUCAAUUCAUGGGUUAUAUAUUCAGGUGACACAAAUCACACGACUCAUUCAUCACACUAAUUUCACAAUUAUAACCCUUCUUCAAGCAAUGGGAAAAUAGCUAAUGGUUCAUUAACCACCGUUGCAGGUGUAGGAGAUAUCCAAAUUAGUCCUACACUUACACUUAGAAAUGUGUUUCAUGUCCAAAGUUGUCUACUAAUCUUGUCUCUGUACAAAAGCUUAUAAAAUAUUUGGGUUGUAAUGUGAUUUUUUCCCAUACUCACUGUGUAUUUUAGGACCAAAAUUUGUGGAAGAUGAUUGGACUUACUAAAGAAUGGAAUGGACUAUACUACUUUGAGACACUAAGCAAAUCAUCCCUAUCUCUUAUUUCUGAGCACCACCUUUUUAAUGAAGAAAAAAUUUGGCUCCAUCAUCUUAUGCUUGAACAACCAUCAUUUAAAACUUUUAAGUCAUUCCUAAGAUAUUUGAGUGUGUGCCCUUUGUGAACGUUCACAAUCCAAAUAGGGGAAAAUUGGAUAGAAGAGUAGUCAAAUGUAUUUUUUUGGGAUAUAUGACAACUCAAAAGGGAUAUAAGUGUUACCAUCCAUCAUCUAAUUUUUUUUUUGUCUCACCUUUACUUUCAACGAAAAUGCAAUCAAAUGUAUUUUUGUGGGAUAUGUGUCAACUCAAAAGGGAUAUAAGUGUACCAUCCAUCAUCUAAAUUUUUUUUUUGUCCCACCUUUACUUUCAACGAAAAUGAGUCUUAUUUUCCCACUCCUUAUCUUUAUGGGAGGUAGAAUUUCAUUGAGGAAAACAAGGAUCAAGACUUCUGUUCCAAUGAUCCUUUUCUCAUUGACCCUAUUGACCCUCUUAAAGUGUGUGAUCCAGUAUUUGUACCUCUCAUAAAUCCUAUUGACCCUCUUAAAAGUGUCUGAUUCAGUAUCUAUACCCUCCUCUAAACCCGAGUCAUCCAUUAAGCCUGCUCCUGAGAAUCGAAUGACUAGCAAAGUGUACUUGAGGAAGAAAGCUGUAGUUCCUCAACUUAUACAAGUCCAAGAAUUUGAACUGGCUUCUAGAAAUGAGGUAACAAUCUCUUAUUCUCCCUUACAAACUAAGUUAAAACUUUAGUCUGAAAAACCUAUAGACCAAAACCUCCCUAUUGCCAUCAAGAAGGGAACGAAGGAAUGCACUAAACAUUCUUUGUAUCUACUUUCCCAUGUUGUAUCAUUUGUAAAGCUGUCUCCAUCCCAUAAGAGUUUUCUUACAAGUUUGAAUAAUAUUCAUAUUCCUAUCACUCUAUCCUAAGUCUUAUCUAAUGAAAAUUGGAGACAAGCCAUGAAUGCAAAAAUGGAGGCCUUGGAGAAAAAUAAAACUAGGGAGUUGGUAGAUUUGCCUACAGGAAAAAGACUACUGGGAUGUAAAUGGGUCUAUACUGUUAAGUAUAGAUGAGAUGUGACAUUAGAGAGGUACAAGGUAGGAUUGAUGGCUAAAGGAUAUACUUAGACAUAUGGCAUGGAUUAUCUUGAGACACUUGCUCUUGUUGCCGAGAUGAACACAGUGAGAAUUUUGUUAUCAUUGGUAGCAAAAAUUAUAAUUGGGAUUUGCAUCAGUUUGAUGUCAAAAAUGCAUUUUUAAAUGAAGAUUUAGAAGAAGAGAUUUAUAUGAAAGUCCCUCUUGGAUUUGGAAGUGACCUAGCUAUUAAAAAAGUGUGUGACUUGAAGAAAGCUCUAUAUGGGUUGAAACAAUCUACAAGGGUGUGGUUUAUAAGAUUUGCUAAAGUGAUGAAAAACAUGGAAUACACAAAGUCGGGGAGAUUAUAUGUUGUUCAUUAAGCAUUUAGAUUCAAGGGGAGUUACAACUCUUCUGGUAUAUGUAGACGACAUCAUUGUGACAAGAAAUGAUGAAAAGGAGAGACAAGCUUUGAGGCAAUGCUUGACCAAGGAAUUUGAUAUUAAAGAGUUAGGAUGGUUGAAAUACUUCCUAGGAAUUGAAGUUGCACAUUCUAAGCAGGGAAUUUAUUUCUUAGUAGAAAUAUGCAACGGACCUCCUCAAGGAAAUAGGGAAGUUGGUGUGUAAACAAGCAAGCAUACUAAUAGAUCCUACUCAUAAGCUUGGAGAGGUUGACGAAGAUAUUGCGGUAGAUAGGGAGAUGUAUCAAUGUUUAGUAAGAAGACUCAUUUAUCUCUCACACGAGACCGAAUAUAGCAUAUGUUGUGAGUGUGAUUAGCUAGUUCAUGCACAGUCUAAAAGCGGUUCAUCUACAAGCUACUAAUUAAGUGUUACAAUACCUUAAGGGGUCUCUAGGAAAGAGCAUCUUAUUUAAACAAAGCUCGAGACUAGUACUUGAAACAUAUACAAAUGCAAAUUAUGUUGGAUCCAUGGUUGAUAGAAGAUCAACUACUGGGUAUUGCACCUUUUUUUGUGGGAAUCUGGUGACAUGGAGAAGCAAGAAACAAAGUUUAGAGAUGAGGUCUAGCGCAGAAGUAGAAUUUCCCACAAUGGCCCAAGAAGUUUGUGAAUUCCUAUGGUUGAAGAUUGGGAUGACCUAAUGAGACUUUAUUGCGACAAUUAAUUUGCAAUCAAUAUUGCACAUAAUCUAGUGCAACAUGAUCGAACGAAGCACAUGGGGAUAGACAUACAUUUUAUUAAGGAGAAAUUAGAUAGUGGGUUGAUCUGUACUCCUUAUGUAUUUACUGAUUGCCAACUUGCAGAUAUAUUCACCAAAGGUUUAAGCAAUUUCACACUAGUGUUAUGAAAUGUUUAUUUCUUAGACUAUUGUUAAAUAACAUAGAUCAAAUCAAUAUUCACUAGUUGUAUGGAAAGAAAUUACAAAAUUUUGAGAUAAAUUAUAUAACUUUUGAAGAUAUAUUGGAGAUAUUUCAUGAAUUUCUAGCUAAAAACAUUGUUAGGAUAAAAAUAAUGGGAACAUGGGGAAUAUCGACAACGUCAUGGAAUUAUUGAGAAUAUGAGAAAAUAGUAUAACAAAAUGAUAAAGUCUUCUUAUGUCUUUAUUAGGGAUAUUUCAAAAUUUUCAGUCCUGGGUUUAAAACCAAUUCUCAAGCAAGAAAAGCCAAUUGAGUUGUACAGAGACUCACACAUAUAUAUAUACACAAAAAAUCCUAGCAUCUAAAUUAAGAACUUUCCUAACUCAAUUACAACAAAUCUCUUUGAUCACGAGAUUGCCUAAUCUAUAUACAACUUAUACAUAAUGGUUCAUGUGCUUAAUCCCACCUUUACAUUACAAAUUUGUCAUCUUUAUAAUAUUUUGAAAAUGCUUUUACUCGAAUGUUGCAUUGUUGUACAAAUUAACAAUCUCGAACGUGUUGUUUUAAAUUUUUAUGUUUUAAUGGUAAUUCCUAUAAUUUCUUUUAUAAAAUUUCUGUAAUAAAAUAUUUUGUUGAUAUUUUUAUUGAUAUUUCCAUGUUUUUAAUGGGCUGAUACAUUGUAAAUAUGAUAUUUUAGUCCUUGGAGCCAUUGGGUUUAUAUUGGGACUUUUAGUAGCCAUGGGGCAUGUGAGGAUGUGUUUAGGAGCUUCUGUUUUGUCAUCAUAUAAUACCCGAGGCAUAUGGUGUUAUACUGUUCCCAUACAAAAUAAAAUCUAUACUAAAUCAUAUGCACUGAUAUCCCUAAUUAAAAUGUUGUCAACACUCACGAAAGCUAUUAUUAUGGAUAAAUUAAAGAAUUGAUAAGAUAAAGUAUCAUGGAGGUUUGAAUAGGCCACAAACCCAUAUUCUUCUAAAGAUGAAACCAUAGUUUUAAAAGGCACAAGAUGCACCUAAGGUGUAAAAGUAUCAUAUAACUUAGGCGCAAGGCACAACACAAGGCACACAUUUAAGUGAAGUGAAACUUGACCUAGUAUACAUAUCAAUUUUAUAAAAUAUGAUCCAAAAUCCAAUCCAAUCAAUAAAAAAAUUACGAUUUUAAAAAGAAACAUUCAACAAAAAAAAUGUAAUGAAAUUAUAUUAAUUUCAAUAUACAAUUAGAAAUUUUAAGAAUAAAAGUGUUUAAAAAUAAGAAGUAAAAUAGACCAGCCGUGCUUCUUUAACAAGACGCAUGUCUUGGUAAAAGGUGCUAUAGCUAGGGAGUGGUUGUGCCUUGAGCCCAGGCACACUUUAAGCGCGCCUUUUAAAACUAAGGGUGAAACUGAGCAUCAGUAUACCCUUGAUAAAGUGGUAUGGGAAAUUUAUAGGUAGAAUCCUAUUGUAAGAUGAUUGGCAUUUAUGGAAGUUUAUAGGUGAAAUUGCUUCAAAGCGUCUAUUUCAUGGACCGGUAUUUUCUUUUGUUUUGAUUGAUUUGUGACAUGAUUAAUGAGUCUCACUUAAACAUGUCGGAAGAUCUUAUAUGGUGAAAUACUUUGUUUGCUCUGGUGGACAGGUUAUGAAAAACCAGGAGGCAGUUGAUAUGGUGAAAUCCAUUAAAGAUCCUCAAGUAGCAGCCAAACGUCUAACAACAGAAGCAUUGGAAAGAAA